AUUCAUUCAUUACUAUUUUAUAAUACUUACUUUUCAGUUGUCCUUCUGACACUAACACCUGGUACAUUGGCCAGCAUUGUCAGGUGUAUGUUCACUUAUGGAUGCCAAUUCUAUUCUUUGUUGUUGUUUUCCUUGUAUUGGUCAUCAUAGUGCUGGCGUUCUGCUUCUUUUACCACAGCAAGCCUUCAGAAAAGAAACCACCAGUCGAACAGUUAAAAGGAAAAACAUACAAGAACAAACACGCAACUGCGCAGCGAAAAAAAGAUUCGACAACAGAAAAUACAACAAAUACAAAGCGUCUCGCUCUAGAGCCUAGAGCUCCGAUUGUUACAACCGACAACCAACCAUCAAGUCAUUUUAAUACUCAAGACAACAGCGCAAAGCGACACAUCUCGUUUCAAAAACGCAGCUUAGACGAAAGAUCCUCCUCAUCAAGCGAUACUGAGCAUAUUGAACCGUACGCAGAGGUAAGAGUGGACCAUGGGUCCUCAAUGGAGGACUCCGACAGCUCUUCUUUAUCCUCCGGGAACGAUGUUUCGAUCACUCCAUACAAUCCUGCGAGAGUUGACCCUAGAUCCCUCGAAGAAGAUGUUGAAAGUGAAUCUUCGACGUCAACAGUCUCAUCAAUGUCAUCCAUACAUACGCCUAGUAUUGUUCCUCAUGAUCCGCAAGUGAGGGAUCGAAGCCAACCAGAACCGCAGACGAGGCAACCAUUUAUAAGCAUGAUUUGAAGUAAUCACUGCACGAAACUAAACACUUCCACUUUGUUUGUUCAUAUGAUCGUUUUUAUGAGCGACGAAAUAAAUAUAUGAAUGAGAAAUACACAAUGUACAACGCUAUGUACAAAGCGACAUUUUGAAAUCAUCUUGUGAACAGCAAAGAUUAUAAACUGUCGUACGUUUUCAAUACUUUCGUUUUGAAACAUAUUUUGCGCCCUUUACAGUUUGUCAUUCCCUCCGCCCUUUUCUCUUUUUGAAAGCGCAGGAGAAAUGGGAUGUGUCAACAUAACAUGCUCUACCAACAAAACUACGAUGCUGUGUGUGUGCGUGUGUGUCGCUGGAUAUUUCCAGCAGUCGCUAUAGUCGUACAGCUUUACCGUCAUGCCUGGAAACAGCUAUACAGAACCAUAGACCGUUAACAUUGAAAGGAUAAUAUCGGAUUUUGUAUCAUUAUAUGAACCGGCUUUAUAGGCAGCCGUAUAGCGACGAGAGGUCUUGGUAGAUAAGGUAUAUAUGAUAUAAAUGACAUUCAGUAUGUCAGUAAUCUUUUAGCGGCUCAUCUGGUAUAAAAACGCAAUGUAUUUUCAAUGAUUCGUCUGCUAUCUGGCAAAACUUCUUAAAAAAUUCUACGCAUCCUUUUUUAUACCAUUUCAGCCACAAAAGGAGUAAUUACAUUGUGUUUGGUGGCAGAUGUAACAGAAUACUUGAGUUUGCCAAUAACUGAAACAUCGGUUUCGAAAUGAGAUUAAUUAAUAGCAGAGAUAUGUCACCAACUAUUCUGGUGGUUCUUUAUAUAAACGCAUUCUGUUCUAUACUAGUAAAUUCGCAGCGAAACGGAGAAUUUCCUUUGACAUUCCAGCCCUACCCUCCGGUUUCUAAAGUUACUUUGCUAAAUAAGGUGUACACAACCGGUGUGACGAUACGUAAUAAAACAAACGACGCAUUCAAUCAAACCAUAUUUACAAAUGCAGCAAAUAAUUUUUAUGGAGGAACGCCGAGCUUGUCGGGUUUCAUUAGUGUUGUCAUCAAAUCCAGUGUUCAUCGCGUGGACGGCCAAACGGUUGUUUACGAUGUGACGUACAACUAUACAAGCUUAAACGAAAGCGUUGUCGGCUCCGAUGUUGCCAUCACGCUAAAUAUAGGCAAUGCUAAUGCUGUCAAGACAGGACUGGAAAACGAUACCGCUUUCAGUUCUUUGUAUACUGUUGAUAAUUCAAGCAUCGAGUUUCAAGGCAACUCAUUAUGUAUUGUUAAUACUGUAUGUGGUGGGACAUACGAGUAUUGCAAUGAGACCAUUAAUGGCGUCAGUAUCAACUGUCUUCCCAACUGUUACACUGGCAUAUGUCUCAAUGAUGCGUGGUGCAUACAAGGGGAUCCGAACACACAACCGAUUUGCAGUUGCCGUGGUAGUACUGUGUGGUGGUAUGUGGGCGGCAGAUGCGAAACUUUGCUCCACAUCUGGAUGUUGGUUUUGUUGGUUCUCUUCGUUGCAGCUGUGCUUAUUCUCAUUCUUAUUAUCACCAUCGUUCGUAUCAGGAAUUUAAAGAACAAGAAAUUUAACGAACCAAAAGUGAAAGAUAAGAAACCGUUUUUCAAGAAAAAGACGGAAGACAUCAAACACAAACUUGCGCCUCAAGCGAAACAUAAUUCGACUUCUGACCAUGAGGUACCACGUGAAAAUCUCCGAAGAAGCGAGAGCAGCGGAGAAGAAGAGCGACCGCCUCAAGAUGAAUCUUCAACAAGAGAUAUUACUGAAACCCCACCUCCGCCAUCCGCUCGUGAUGGACACGAUUCCAGCAGCAGCAGUGAUUCUUCCGAUGACAACACUUCAGUACAGAAUCGCAGUCAAGGAAACGAAAACGAUGAAAGCAGUAGCGACGAAAAUCAACCUGUUGGCCAAGUUGCAGUUGUAGCGACCCGGCUACCAUCGUCAUCAGACAGUAGUUUCAGUUCAGGUGACGAGCCGUCUGUUAUAGAGAACUACAGUCCAAGCCCAGGUGCCGGUGCGCAUUUGUACGCAACUGUGAAUAAACCGAAACCUAAAGCACGCACUGUAGCUGUGGAAGAUCCAACUGUUCCUAAGAUAACAACUGUAUGAUGUAUUGGUGGAAACGAAAUCAAACCAAAUAUGUAGAAUACCACAAAAGUUUCUUCAAUACCAUAUCUACAUCAAGCAUGAAUAUGUAUAUUCAAUAUCUAUAUAUAUUGCAUAUAUGCGGCAAUGAAUGUAACUUGCUUUAUCUUCGCGUGGUCGG